GUCUUUGGAGGCACCGAACAUCGAGUGUUUAUCCACAGACGUCGCAGCCGAGCAACUCGACAAUGCCGAGGCGAAGGGCGUCGAGUUGCUUUGGAUGAAUGGGGGGCCCGUGAAGCCACGCCACGUCCACGCCAUGGCUUUACUGGAGAGACUGCCGUCUCCUGCCUGUGACUCCGAAGACGGUGUCCAUAUCCUUUUCGAAGGCGAAGGCGGCACUUGGGUGGCACAUGGAGAUCUUGAGGGAGUCUUAUCACUCGCCUGCGAGGAUGCCGCACUCUCGGGCAAGGCCUAUAAGCGCCGCCCACCUGCGGAGGGUGCCGUGAUCUUUGCUUGGGCGGGCUACGCGCAAUGGAGUCGAACGCAACUCCUCGGCGAGAUGGCCCGCGGCAGCUGGGGCUGGGCACCGGGCGGAGUUGCUGACGUGAGAAAUGCGAUCGCUGCUCAGCUCGGCGGACCAUCGCUUUGGGACGCGCUCCGUGAAUCUCAGCGUUUGAGCUGGGCUCCGGCCAAUGAGCUGUCGAGAGAUUUCGAAAAGCGUUUUCCCAGCAGCCCACAACCAGCAGCGCAUGAUCCACAGGCGCAGGCUCUCUCCGUUCUCGUGAAUCAGUUCGAGACAUUGAGGAGGGAUACUGCUGCCUCCAGCGAUGCUGAGGCCGCGCCGCCACGCCGACCGCGGGGCUGUGAGCAGCAGUGA